GUGGUUCCUCACAAUGUUGAAUUGGUAGAAAAAUAUGAUGCUCAUAUCAAUGUUGAAAUCUGUAAUUCAGUUUUGGCUAUUAAAUAUUUGUAUAAAUACAUAUACAAAAAACCUGUUGAUGAGAUAAAGAUGUAUCUUGACAUAAGAUACAUUUCGUCUUCAGAAGCGAUUUGGAGAAUUUUUCAUUACAGGAUGCAUGGCCAUUCUCCAAGUGUUUAA